GCUUCCGGCGCCGGGUGAUGACGUCAACCGUACGGCGGGUCGGAAGGCCCGAUCUUGGGAAGGGCGUUCUGGCGGCUGCGGAGCCUUGAAGUGAGGUCCCUGAGGAGGGCGAUGACUGAAUACAAGCUGGUGGUGGUAGGAGCUGGUGGUGUUGGGAAAAGUGCCCUAACCAUCCAGCUCAUCCAAAAUCACUUUGUAGAUGAAUAUGAUCCCACUAUAGAGGACUCUUACCGUAAACAGGUAGUUAUUGAUGGAGAGACCUGUUUGUUAGAUAUCCUGGACACAGCAGGGCAAGAAGAGUAUAGCGCCAUGAGAGAUCAGUACAUGAGAACUGGGGAAGGCUUUCUAUGUGUGUUCGCCAUCAACAACAGCAAAUCAUUUGCAGAUAUCAAUCUUUACAGAGAGCAGAUUAAAAGAGUGAAAGAUUCGGAAGACGUACCAAUGGUGUUAGUGGGAAACAAAUGCGACUUGCCAACACGGACAGUAGAUACCAAACAAGCUCAUGAAGUAGCCAAGAGCUAUGGGAUUCCCUUCAUUGAGACAUCUGCCAAAACGAGACAGGGUGUUGAAGAUGCCUUUUACACGCUGGUGAGGGAGAUCCGCCAAUAUCGCAUGAAAAGACUCAACAGCAGUGAAGAUGGGAAUCAAGGCUGCAUGGGACUCUCAUGCCUUGUGAUGUGAUCAGCUGUCAAAAACAUCUGGCCAAAGUGCAGCUAAAGGGUGAAUCUUAAGUCCACUGUUGCAUUUCACCAGUACCCUGGUGCCAGUUCUAAUUCUUUUCUGUCAGCACCUGAAGAGAAUGUCUCUGAACAUCUACCUCUUUGCUCAGCUGAGCAAGCAAAGAAAGUCUCCUCUGUUGGUGGUGGGAUUUCCCCACUCCACCCUCUCUUUCUUGGAUAGGUUCAAACAGAGGAACUGGUAUGUGAAACUGUAGAGGCCGAAUACUUUGAAAGGACCAUAUGCCCAGUUUCUGGAAGGAAAGCUGGAGAAAAUUGUGAUCACACUGUACUGAAAAGCCUGACUCUCUCCUCCUCCACCAUUUUUGGACAGGGAAAUGCUAGCAGCACGCCCCUACACUGUGUAUCUAAAAUACUUCUAUAGCACAUCAACUUAUUGCACUUAUUUUGGCCUCUAGCCCUUGGCUUUCUUUCUAGUAAGAGAUCUUGAAUAAUCAAGUGCCUAUUUGCAAAGGCAGGACAGGGCCUUAAACUUACCCUGCAAAGUUCCUAGCUGUCCCAUCCUGAGCACCUGAACCUGCCUCAGACCCUUGGUCUGCCUGCUCUUGACCUGCAGUGGGUCCUCAGUGUCCUCCUUCCCUGCUCUGUUCACUGAUCCUUCUUAAUAGGACUUUCAGGGGAUUGAAUGUGGAACCUUCUACAUGCAGAGCAUGUGUUUUGCCAUUGAGCUAUAUCACCUCCCCAGUAAUGCACAAGGAUGUCUCUGCACCAUUGACUGAAAAACACAUUGAUCUUUAAGACCUGUGGGGAAUUCCAGCAGUCAGUUGCCACCCUCCAGUGUUCAAUACAUUUCAUUUCACUCUUCUUGACAGUACUGGAAGCCAUAGUGCUUCUCACCAGGCCCAGUUAACAGCCGUGGAUAUUCAAACUAACAGUUACUCCAAUGCCCGUCAUAAAUCAUGGCUCUGUGAGGACUAUGUAGAGAAGAUUGAACUGCCCCAGCUUUCUAUGCACUUCUCUCUUUUAAUUCGUUCAACAUCUUUGUCAGGCACAGACUCUUUAUUUUUGAUCUGUGAAAAAUGAACCAGGGGGAAACAAACUUUAUCAAGAUUAUAUACUUUGAAAGCUCUUUCCAGGUGACUGCUGUGCAGUUAAGCUACAGGUAAGGAGCUAGGGGAACAAAAGGGGAUUUAGCCACACAGUUUGAUGCUGCUUGGAUAAAGAAGUAAAUUGCUGUUUUGUAUUCAGCCUUACGAACUUUGGAACUGGAUUUUUCAUGAGCCUAUGUGCCCCAGAAUUCUCUGUUCAAUUGAAUAUUUGCUGGGAAAUAGCUGAUUGGAUAGAUAACCACUAUUUAUUUGAAAGCCAUAAUAUUUGAUCCUGGUUCUCAAGUCUUGUUACCGUUUUGCAACUGAAUGCAUGAACUGCCUUGAUUCCAAAGUGUUCUUGCUUGAUAUAAUGGAAAUUCGUGCAAAAGCGCUGUCUGUUGUAGUUGUUUGAUACAUACAUGUCGUUGCUAGAUUUUGUGGUUAUUGCAUUUAUAAAUUCUUCCUAAGCGGGGGCCAGACUGCAGUAGAAAUGGA